CCCCCCCGCGCUGCCGGGUGUCUCUUUCGCAGGUGGCACCAUGGGGACAGGCUGUGCCUCGGCACCCAGGACUUGUCCUGCUGGUACUGAGCACCCACGCCAGCUGGUCCCGGCAUCGCGCUGCUAAGAGGGAGCGGGUGCCCGAGCCUGGGCAUGUGCUGCUGGACUAUGCCAUGUCCCCCCCCGGCCGGUGGGCAGCCCUCGCCCCGUGAGGACACAGCCAGCGCCGAGCCGGACGCCAGGACGCCGGGGUGCCCAGCGCCACCAUGGCCCAGGGCUGGGACACGGAGCUGUCAGGGAUGACAGCAGGCAGCCGGUCAUGGAGCACCAGCAGCGAGGUCAGCCUGGCCCCUCGCUUCCUCCUCAGCAAGCAGAACCGCCUGCUCAACGGGACCACCCAGGCCAGCCGCGCCACCUCCCCCAUGGGCCGUGUCAUCCUCAUCAACACCCCCAUCGAAGCCAGCAGCAAUGAGAGCGACAUUAUCAACGCCAUCACGGUGGAGAAGAGCAUGGAUGGCAAGCUGGGCUUCAGCGUCCGUGGUGGCUCCGAGCAUGGGCUGGGCAUCUUUGUCAGCAAAGUGGAGGAGGGCAGUGCUGCUGAGCAGGCUGGGCUGUGUGUUGGUGACAAGAUCACGGAGGUGAACAGUGUGAGCCUGGAGAACAUCACCAUGAGCAGCGCUGUCAAGGUCCUCACCGGCAACAACCGCCUCCGCAUGGUGGUCCGGCGGAUGGGCCGUGUGCCAGGCAUCAAGUUCUCCAAGGAGAAGACAGCAUGGGUGGACGUGGUGAACAGACGCCUGGUGGUGGAGAAAAGCGGCUCAACACCGUCAGAGAGCGGCUCUGAGGACGGGCUGCGGCGCAUUGUCCACCUCUACACCACCUCCGACGACUACUGCCUGGGCUUCAACAUCCGUGGCGGCAGGGAGUUCGGCCUCGGCAUCUACGUCUCCAAAGUGGACCCUGGGGGGCUGGCGGAGCAGAACGGCAUUCGGGUGGGAGACCAAGUCCUUGCAGCCAAUGGAGUCAAGUUUGAAGACAUAAGCCAUAGCAAGGCAGUGGAGGUGCUCAAGGGGCAGACCCACAUCAUGCUAACCAUCAAGGAGACGGGCCGGUUCCCAGCCUACAAGGAGAUGGUGGCCGAGUAUUGCUGGCUCAGUCGCUUGACCAAUGGGCAGCUGCAGCAGCUGUCUCAAGCCUCGGAGACCAGCUCUUCCAUCUCCUCCUACUCCUCGGGGCCAGCACCAGGGGUGGUGAACGGGCUGGGGGCAGCCACCCCAGGGCCCCCCAUCCGUACCGUGGAUGUGGCCAUCUCCACAGAGGAUGGUCCACGGCGGGGCUGGGCACGGGAACGUGCCGAGCGGGCCAUGCAGACCGAGCCAGCUACCGAGGGGCUGCCAGAGAUGCGGCGCACAGUGCGGCCUCCAGAGCUGCUGCGGGACACGGCCAUCCGGGGCCAGGGUGCCCGGGAACCCUCUGGCACCCACCCACGCCGGACCUUCACCCACUCGCCCAAGACAGCGCUGCUGCUCGCCCUGAGCCGGCCCCGGCAGCCCAUCACACGCUCCCAGAGUGACCUCACUGUUGCUGAGGAGAAGCGGAAGAAGGAGAAGCCAGAGGGACAAGAGGCACGGGGGGCCCCCCCAGGGCUGCACCGCUCCAAGACCCUCGUCAACCUCUUCUUCAAGGGGAGCCGUGCCACCAGCCAGAGCUGGGCCCCCCCCAGCCAGGAGCCCCCCGCCUCCGAGCGCAGGGCACGCGCCAAGUCCCCAGGGCGCCCUGAUGGGGACAGAGUAGGCGCUGUGCAGAAGUUUGUCAUCCGGAGCCUGAAGCGGGAGAAAAGCCGGCGUGCCAGCAUCCUGGGCCCUGGGGGCAUCGCCACCCUGCAGCCCAACGGCAGCGACCCAGAAGCCCGGCUCCCACACAUCCAGGACUCCGCCGCCCGCCUCCUCAGCCCCGACGAGGUGACAGCCGUGAUCCGCCACUGCUCCCGGUACCUGCAUGAGGGCAGCGUGGAGGAUUUGGUGCGGCCACUUCUGGCCAUCCUGGACCGGCCUGAGAAGGUCUUGCUGCUGCGGGAUGUGAGGAGUGUGGUGGCCACCACAGACCUGGGCCGGUUCGACAGUAUGGUGAUGCCCCUGGAGCUGGAAGCCUUCGAUGCCCUGAAGAGCCGCUCAGUGCGCUCACCUGCCCUCCGCCCAGCCCACCAUGAUGUCCCCCCCAAGAGACACCUCAUCACACCAGUGCCUGACUAUCGAGGCGGGUUCCUGCUGAAGCCGGUGGGAGCCCCAGAGCCAGAAGAAGCUGGGGGGCUGCAGGCAAGCCCAGCCCGGCCGCGGGUCUCCCCCAGCCCCCGCCGGCUUCACCCCCGCACCUACACCCCGCUCCCUGACGUGCCAGUGGAUGCCUACGCCUGCUCCAGCAGCCCUCUGCCCGCCACUGGCCCCCGGCCCCCCAACUGGCUGCUGGCAGAGCCCACCACGGGCGAGAGGCACGGGCAGUCACACGGCCCCUGGCCCACCUGGCGCAAGGAGCGUGCCGGGACAGUGCCCGAUGGAGGGGCUGAGGUGCUGGGGAAGACCCGGCGGGCACGGCCCACCCUUGCACCUCUCUCCGGGGGACCAGGGGGUGAGGCAGGGGCAGCCACCAAUGGCCCUGAAGAGGCUGGCAGGGAGGAAGAGGAAGAAGAGGAGUAUCAGCUGCUCACCGUCACCCUCUCCAAGCUGAAGCACUCAUUGGGUAUCAGCAUCUCUGGCGGCAUCGAGUCAAGGGCACAGCCAGUGGUGAAGAUUGAGAAGAUCUUUCCUGGGGGAGCUGCCUUCCUCAGUGGCAUCCUUAAGGCUGGGCAGGAGCUGGUGUCUGUGGACGGGGAGAGCCUGCAGAACGUCACCCACCAGCGGGCUGUGGACAUCAUCCGCCAGGCCUACCGCAACAAAGCCAAGGAGCCCAUGGAGCUGGUGGUGCGGGUGCCUGUAACUCCCUUGGAGUGAUGCUGCACCCCCUUUUUGAGGAGCGAUCCCAUGCUCCAGAGGAGAUGGAUGGCUUAGUCCUGAACCAAGCUGUGGCCAGUCUCAGCACAGCCAGAGGUUGCAGAGAGCCAGACCCACCCCACAGGCACAGAGGAGCGGCACACAGUGGGACCCAACAGGGUGGGCACCACUGGCAACAUGGGAGGACAGGUGGUCCCUGACCCUGCUACGGACACACAGACACAGCCCUGAAAAAAACACAUCUGGGGCUUGUUUUUAAUCAGUGUUUCCAGGUGGUACACAGGCAAGUCGGGCUCUGGGAACUGAAAUAAAGUACAAAA